GGAUUGGAACACCUGAAUCACAUGAUAUGGAGGGGAUUGGAACACCUGAAUCACAUGAUUGGGAGGGGAUUGGAACACCUGAAUCACAUGAUUGGGAGGGGAUUGGAACACCUGAAUCACAUGACAUGGAGGGGAUUGGAACACCUGAAUCACAUGAUUGGGAGGGGAUUGGAACACUUGAAUCACAUGAUAUGGAGGGGAUUGGAACACCUGAAUCACAUGAUUGGGAGGGGAUUGGAACACCUGAAUCACAUGAUUGGGAGGGGAUUGGAACACCUGAAUCACAUGAUUGGGAGGGGAUUGGAACACCUGAAUCACAUGACAUGGAGGGGA